GUUUUUCUCCCGUUCCCGCUUUCUUCCUGUUUAUAUUUAUAUUUGUGAUAAACUGAUACAGUGAUGUAACAACCAGUAACCGAUGUUAGCCAAAUACAAGAAAAUCGCAUGUCACCCCUUUUUAAUUCCAAAACCUUCUCAACAAGCUAAAACGCUCUCUCAAAAACACACCAUUGUUAACCAAUUAAAGAAUUGCUCUAAGCUAGAAGAGCUUGAAUGUGUAUAUGCCACCAUGAUCAAAACCAAUGCAAGCCAAGACUGUUUCUUGAUGAACCAAUUUAUUUCCGCUUGUUCAACAUAUAACCAUAUAGAUUUUGCAGUUUUAGCCUAUACCCCGAUGGAAAAUCCCAAUGUUUUUGUUUAUAAUGCGAUGAUUAGAGGAUUUGUACAGUGCUAUUACCCAAUUCAAGCCCUUGAAUUCUAUAAGCACAUAAUAAGAGCCAAAAUCUUGCCUUCAAGUUACACAUUUUCAUCGUUAGUUAAAGCUUGCAGUUUAGCAUCUGAAGUAAGAUUUGGGGAAGUUGUUCAUGGUCACAUUUGGAGAAAUGGGUUUGAAUCUCAUGUGUUUGUUCAAACUUCUUUGGUUGAGUUUUAUUCAAGAAUGGGCAGAAUUCAGGAAUCCGUAAAAGUGUUUGAUGAAAUGCCUCAAAGAGAUGCCUUUGCUUGGACUACUAUGGUUUCUGGUCUUGCUCGGUUUGGGGAUUUGAGUUCUGCAAGGAAAUUGUUCGAUAUGAUGCCUGAAAAGAAUACUGCUACUUGGAAUACUUUGAUUGAUGGAUAUGCAAGAUUGAGAGAUGUGGAAUCGGCAGAGUUUUUGUUUAAUCAAAUGCCUGUAAGGGAUAUAAUUUCGUGGACAACAAUGAUCAAUUGUUAUUCUCAGAAUAAGAAAUUUAGAGAAGCAUUGUUAGUUUUUAAUGAGAUGAUAAAAAAUGGAAUUAGCCCGGAUGAAGUGACUAUGGCAACAGUGAUAUCAGCUUGUGCUCAUCUCGGAGCUCUCGACUUAGGGAAGGAAAUGCAUCUUUUUGUAAUGUCAAAUGGAUUUGACCUUGAUGUAUAUAUAGGAUCUGCAUUAAUCGAUAUGUAUGCAAAGUGUGGGAGCUUAGAUAGAUCCCUUUUGGUGUUCUUCAAGUUGCGCAAGAAGAAUUUGUUUUGUUGGAAUUCAGUGAUUGAAGGGCUUGCAGUUCAUGGAUAUGCAAAAGAAGCGCUAAAAAUGUUUCAAAAGAUGGACGAGGAGAAAAUUAGGCCAAACAGCAUCACAUUUAUAAGUGUAUUAACUGCCUGCACUCACGCAGGGCUUGUCGAAGAAGGCCGUAUGAGAUUUGAGAGCAUGACACGUGACUUCUCUAUCCCUCCUCAAGUUGAACACUAUGGAUGCAUGGUUGAUCUAUUAAGCAAAGCUGGGCUACUUGAAGAAGCAUUAGAAUUGAUAAGAAAUAUUAAAUUUGAAGCAAAUGCUGUUAUUUGGGGUACAUUGUUGGGUGGAUGUAAGCUGCAUAAGAACUUGGAGAUUGCAGAAAUUGCUGUUAAUGAAUUAGUGGCUUUGGAGCCAGGCAAUACUGGACAUCGUUGUCUUUUGGUUAACAUGUAUGCUGAAGUUAAUAGGUGGGGCGAGGCUGCAAAGACAAGAGAGACCAUGAGGAAACUAGGCAUAGAAAAGCGAUGUCCUGGAUCUAGUUGGAUCGAGUUGAAAAAUAAAGUGCAUCAAUUUGCUGCAUCUGAUAAAUCUCACCCAGCUUCUAAUGAGAUUUACUCGUUGCUGAUUGAAUUGGAUGGGCAGCUGAAGCUAGCUGGUUUUGUGCCUGAACUCUGGUAUAUCUUAUAGCAUUUUGGUGCUGAAUUUGCAGAGAGGAAACUGACAUCUAAGUGAAACGUUGUCAAGGUUAUUGUAUUCUCGGUGUGCAUAAUUUACAAGAAGUAGAUGGCUUUUGAGCUACGCAACGCCACAGCUUGGAAACUCGUGUCAGGAGAAGAAGGUGUAGAUCAAGAAAAUUGGACAUGCUUGAUCCUACACUCACAAUACAUGUACCAAAAGGAAGAAAAUGGUUGUUCAAACUAACAUAAAAAUCAACACUCUUCGCCCGUUUUUUUAUUCAGUUUUCUGUUCAUUUCUAAUAAACUCAAAUAUGUUUUUGUUUUUUA